AGCGUACGACAUCACGUGACUUGAAUUGACGUUUGCAUCAUGGCGGAAGCAGUUGUAGAAACAUCAUUCAUGGAUCCUUUCAAAGAUAUUCUGGUUAAUUAUUUAAUGCCAGAAAAAUGUUACGACGAGUUCUUUUUACAGUUCAAUCUUCUGCACGUGGACUGUCUGAAGAUUGUAAUCAGCAAAGGCCUGGGCAUUGGGAUCAUUCUUGGUUCUGUGUUAGUAAAACUACCUCAGAUUCUGAAGCUGAUUGGUGCCAGAAGUGCUGAGGGACUGAGUUUUAACUCUGUGCUACUGGAGCUCUUUGCUAUCACAGGCACCAUGGCCUACAGUAUUGCCAACAGCUUUCCUUUCAGUUCCUGGGGUGAGGCACUUUUCCUCAUGAUUCAAACUGUGACCAUUGGUUUCCUCAUACAGCACUAUGGAGGAAACACCAUCAAAGGUUUGGGGUUUCUGGCAGUCUACUUUGGCCUGUUGGCAGUCAUAUUAUCUCCUGUGACACCAAUGUCUGUCGUUACUACCAUGCAAGCCUCUAAUAUGCCAGCCAUUAUCUUUGGACGAUUAAUUCAGGCUGGUACCAACUACAGAAAUGGCCACACUGGACAACUGUCAGCUAUUUCAGUGUUUCUGCUGUUUGCAGGCUCCUUAGCACGCAUAUUCACUACAGUGCAGGAAACGGGAGAUUCCCUCAUGGCUGUCACCUACAUCAUCUCUUCUUUCUGUAAUGGUGUGAUCGCAGCUCAAGUCCUCUACUACUGGAAUAGCAGCCCUGCCCUCAGGAAGAAGACUGAGUAGAUCCUAACAACAGGCAAAUUCAGAGACCACUCAGGUUGACAAAGUGCACCGGACAGCCGAUUGGGGAAUAAGAUGUAUUCUAAUCAAAAUGACGGUUCUUGUGAAAUUAAGCUCUGUCCCUUGGUCACUUGUUAAAAGCAUUUAUUGUUAAUAUAUCACAUAUACAUAACAUAUAAAGGCAGGUACAAAACAUUGUAUAAUGCACACAUUGACGUAUUCCAGGUGCCCGGAAGUGACUAAAAGCCAGUAUGGUGAGGGGUCCUUCUAUAAUUAUAAUUUUUCCCCCUUAUUAUGGUAAUGGGCUUUUUCAUUCAUUGGACCAUUUUUUUUUUUAGCUCAGGGAAGGGAGUAGUGUCAAUAGUAUUCUGGAAUUAAUCCAUAUUAAAACCUUGUGUAUUAUUACUGACAUACUGUCGUGCUGUUCACUUUACCCUGGCUCACUGAAUAUUCCCUAAAAUCCAUGUAGCCAUUUUGAAUUCAACAACAAAUCUGUGAAAAAAAAGUCUGUCAAGAUUUUUGUAAAUAUUAAUUUCAGAAUUGUAAAAAUGACCAAAAUACUUUAAAAGUGCACAUAUGAAAAUGUUAUCACAUGCUGAAGGCAGCCCUAGUAGAACAUGUUAUCCCCACAAGGGAUCAUUCGUUUUUUGUUCUGCGUAGACAAAUCCAACCAUAUGGACACUAUUUUACAAAGUCUUCCAGAACCUAGAAAUGCUAAUGUUGCUAGAAAACACAUUCUGUUGUAUUUGGCAAAAUGUUUUAUCUUUAGGUAAUGUAUAGAGUCUAGUGAAUCAAUUACUGUCGUCUUUCUUAAAUUGCAAUGGUCAUGCAAUAGUACAUGUAGCCACGCUGUUGAGUGUCAUCGCAACUAAUGGGAACUUGGCAAAAUAAGAGAAAUUCAUGUCAAAGCACUUUUUUUUGUAGAUGGUAGUAUAUUCACCCAUCAAAAGUAAGUUUCAAGCUGUCUGCAGGUAAAAGGAAAAUUUCAUUUGAAUGAUGGAAAUUGCAUAUUUGCACACAUUACAUUUGAGAAUUGAUUUUCCUUUUUUGCUUGUGAACAUCUGUUGUUCAUUGUUAGUUUAUUUCAUGAAUGAAAUAUUACAAAUGGCUGUGAUUUAAAAAAUUUUUUUUUUUUAAUCUAAAGUUGCAGUGUACUUUUGACCAUUGAGUAAAACAUUUCCAUCAGAUGAUUUGUAGUGUUUGUUGUGUGAAAGGCUUUAAAAAAAGACACAAACAGUUGCAGAAAAUAAAUUUAAUAAAUAAACUGUUUUAUUCUUA